CGGAGUGGGCGGGGGUCCCCUGCAGGUCCUGCUCAUCCUUGCGUGGGGUGAGCAGGGCGAGGCCGCCUGCGGGGUGCGAGUGUCCGAGCCGAGUGAGGUCCGCGCGCGUCUCCUGGCUCGGGCUAGCUGUGCUCGGCGUCGUCUCUGUCACGUUGAAGAUUGCACACUCCCGCCCUUGCCGAGUGGAGGUCUCCAAGCGGAGGAAGGGAGGGAGAGCCUGAUGGGCCAUCUUUCCCGAACGUCACCGCGUGCAUUCUUCAGUCGGUUUCCCUGUAGGACUCGGGACCUGAUUCGAUCUGGGGUGUUGAAGGAGAAGCCCCUCUGGUAUGACAUAUAUGACGCCUUUCCCCCGCUGAGAGAGCCUGUCUUCCGAAGGCCCCGCUUGCGAUAUGGCAAAGCCAAACCCGCCAUCCAGGACAUCUUUUACGAAGAGGAUCGGAUUAGAGCGAAAUUUUAUUCAGCCUAUGGAUCUGGUCAAAAAGCUUUUGAUCUGUUCAAUCCAAACUUCAAGUCUACCUGUCAGCGGUUUGUGGAGAAGUACACUGAACUACAGAACCUCGGAGAAACAGAUGAAGAGAAGUUAUUUGUGGAAGCAGGGAAGGCUUUAUUGGCAGAAGGUGUCAUUUUAAGACGAGCAGGAGAAGCGAGGACCCAACAGGAAGGCAGUCACACUUCCCGGAAAUCUGAACAAAUGAGUGAGAGACCCCAAACAGCACCGGAAGAACACCAGCCUCAGAAAGAAGUUCCACAGGACCAGCGUGUGCAGACACCUGGCGAACAGUCGGAAGGUCGCUCACCUCCCUGAAAGGCCCGCACACUGGUACACCAACAACCGCCUGUGCUCUCCAGAUGAAGGCUCGGCUGUUUCUAACUGUAUGACUGUCUCUGGACAUUAUGUUUGCUUUCUUUCAGUUCCUGUUUCAGAGUUGUGAUAAAGCUCAGUAUCAUGGUUUGAAAGAAGCAGUUGUGUGAACUUUUAUGUUAGGACAUUAUUAAAUAAAAAAUUCGCUAGCAGCUUAUAAAAUAAA